AGUUAUGCAAGCUUUUUGAAGCUGAAUUUCCCAAAUUGAGAUCACUCGCUGGAGGGUGGCUGCUUUAUAAGGCACCAGGUGGCAGUGGAAGAAGGCGGCUCAUUGUUGUCCCUCCAGACUCCGAGGGCUAUACUGGCAACCUUAUCAAAAUGGCAACAACCACUGGAAGAACGGCACUCUACAUGGUCCCUCUUCAAGAUGAGUUAUGUCUCGAUCCACUUCCAUUCUCAGCAGAGGAGUUUGCGAAGAUGCCAAAGGUGGAGUGUCGGACAUGUAAAACAACAAUGCCAUUACCAGUUUUAUACUUGCAUGUCCAAUCCUGUGGUGGCACAUAAUCAGCUGAUGAUGAGAUUGCUGAUGCUGAGGACGAUGAUGAUGAUGAAGAACUAAAAAUAGUUUCUGUGACAGCCAGUACUGUGUCCACUGCCACCCCAACUUCUAGUCCUGCACCUAUCAGUCCUCUGCGACCCUGUUCUCCUACACCCACCACAAGUUAUGAGGAUGAGGGACAGUGUCCCAUCUGUUUAGAGAUAUUUACACACAGACAGUUGCCCAUUCAUGCAAGUAUAUGUGGCGAUAGUGCAUUACAGACGUUUGGUGCGAACAGUCCUACAUCUGCUACACCUGAACACCACAACCAAAGCUCAGACCUCCAAUGGUAGAGUGUUUUAAUCAAUGCAUGUAAACACAUGUAAGAAUAUACAAUUUGACUAAUCUGUUUUUCUUUUCACAGUCCAGACGAUAUACUGAGGUUGUUGGCAAGCAGGGUAGAUGCCAGCAAGGAUUUCAACAUCUGCGUAUCUCGCACAGACUUCUUUCAAAGAGCUAUGGUACAGUGGCAGCGUCAAAAGAAAGGGACCCCUGGCAACACUUUGCCUGUAACGUUUUUGGGGGAAGCAGGUGUUGAUUCAGGUGUCAUUCGAAAAGAAUUUCUUACAAAUUUGAUUGAUGAGAUUGAGAAACGCCUCUUUGAGCAUCGAGGACACCAGAGUGGGAAGAGCCCUAUCUACUCCUUAAGUGAUCUGGAGAAGGGGUUUUUCAGGACUGCAGGAGAGGUGUUUUCAGUCAGUCUUGCUCAGGGUGGACCAGCCCCCUGUUUCUUGAGACAGUGGUGCUUUGACUAUCUUUCAGCAGGAGAUUUGGAUGAAGUAAAUCUCAGUAAAGAUGAUGUGGAUGAUGCUGAACUUUUUGAACUGAUUCAAAAGGUGGAAGAAGAAACUGAUCUCUCUGCAUGGACUGAUGCUAUAAUUAGUUGCGGUUUCACUGGGAUCAUUAAACCGGAGAACAAAGAGGCCAUAAUAAGAUCUAUUGUGCUGCAUGCAACCCUGCGUCUGAUCCCUUUGCUUAAGCAACUCAGAAAAGGUCUUCAAGUGUACAAUUUUGUGGACAUCCUGGAAGAGCAUUUAGGAUUGUGCCAACAUUUCUUCGUCCUCAGUGUGGUGGACGAUGACUAUAAGUUGAUAACCCUGAUGGAGACACCCUUCCCUUAACUGUCCCCCUGUGUAAUGCAAUGGCUUACUGGCCAGGGACACAAACCACUUCUCAUGUCAGAACGUCAAGAAUUCAAAAUUGCUUUGCAUUUUGAUCAUGAUUGUCAGCAGAGGAUGCCUGCACACCGAAUCUGCUACCCAGUUGUAAGUGCCUGUGCCAGAAAAAUUACCUUUCCUGUAGCACACAUUGACAACUACAAUUCAUUCAAGGAAAUCAUGCUGCAGGCUAUCAACUCUGAUUUUGGAUUUAACAGAGUGUAAAUUUAGGAGUAGGAUACAAUUCCAAAUGAGUCCGGUGUAUGUUCAGGGCAUAGAAUAUUUCUAUAUGCUGUUAAAUGUUCUUAUUGUUACCCUAACACCAGAAAGAAAACAGGCAGUCUAUUUUGUUAAUAAAAUUAGUUUUUUUUUAUUCUGAUUCCAUAAAUAUAUAUUUGGCAUAAGUACACUUUCUGCAAUUAAUUCUGAAAUGUUUUUACUGUUCUGUUUAAAACUAUUUUAUUAAAUGUUUAUCAAAAGCUCCUUUGUUAUUGUGUCUGUUUUGAUUUGUUCACAGGGUGUACACAUUACUGUAAUUUAAGAAUGAAGGAUCACAAAAUGUAAUGCUGCUAAAUAUUUGUCCCUGCCAUAGUUUUGUGAUUGUGAGGUUGGGUCAACAACAGCUUGCAGCUGGGCCUUUAAUUCCUCAGUUAAUGUGCAAUCAACUGGAGGAACCACAAUUCCUCUGGAUGGCUGGUCAGGGAUUCUGGUCGUGUCCCAGUCAGAGUCUUCAUCUUGAGCAUUCU